CCUGCUCUUUCGCUUUAACUGCAACUGACAAAGUGGCAAAAUCAGAUUAAACGAUUUACGGGCCACUGACAAAACAACAGAAAAAUAAGAACAAAAAACAACAAAGUGCAGUGUGCAGAGGCGGAGACAGAGAACUCCUUGCUGAGGAAGGGAAUAAAACAGAAGGAAAUUUCCGGAAAAUGUGGCCCAACUUUGUAGCUGUCAUUUCCCUGCUGUGCCUUGCAUUCAUCGCCUGGGCGAAAGCUGGACCCGUGCCAAUUGUAAACGAGCAUCAACAACUAAUGCCCAAGGUCCCUCAAUGGCACUGUCUACGCUAUUUUAAGCAUGAUGUCCUCAUGAUGAGACGCUGUCGCCACUUGCGUGUCCCGACAGCGCCUCGACUUGGGGAUGUCCUUAAGCGUAAGAAGAAAUAGUAUCCGGCCUAUAGACAAUCAACGUCAAUACUCAACACGACUGAGCAGCAACAAGAUCAAUUAA